UUGCGAAUCUGCAAAUGUGCUACUGAACACGUCACAAUCGGGAACGAAGAGUGAAGGCGGUUGCAAUAUGGAGCAUUCGACUUGUGGAAUACCGAACGUAGCUGUGACGUUACUUACCAAACACGAUGGUGGGAAGCUGGUUAGGCAGAAGGCGAGAGCGCCCGUGCCGAAGCAUCGGAGAGUGCUCUUGUGCUUCACACUCGUGAGGCAAGGAAAGCGGUAUUGCAGCUUAGCAGAGCUCCUGGAGGAUGCGUUCGCGGCAGGGACGAAGGAGGUGGAGAUAGUAUCAUCCGGUGGGGAGGUGUGGGGAGAAAAGUGGUCCAUCAUCCGAAGGAAGUUCGGGACGUCGACCGUUGUUGGUGAAGAGAUGAAGAUACCACUAGUGAGGGCUAAGCAACUCCUAGAACGAGGGGGCAAUUUCAGAGUGGCACCGAUAGUUAAGAGGGAUAGUGCAAGGAGUAGAGGGAAAGGGUAUCUGAGGCUGUUGCUGGAGAUCCCGAGGAAGCAGGCGGAACUGAAGUUCUUCGACGUCACCAAGCUAGUCUUCUUGUACAGGUGCGCCAGGGAAUUCAAGACUAAGACCACGCGGAGGACUUUGAAGGAGAAGAUAGCUGCAGUGAUCAGAAAGAAGACAGGGGUGAAUAUUAGACUGAAGGUCAAUGUGGGUGUGAAGUUUAGCCAUCAGCUGAGGAAGACGAGGAUCCACGACACGGUGGUACUAUGCAUGGAGAAGAGCAGAGUUCAUCCGGUACUAAAAAUGGUGCUGCGUCACAGGGUGAGAGUGGUGUGGAAGAAGAACAGCACGGUCAAACAGGUCUUAACCAACCAUCGGAAGUCGGCGAGGGAGGCAUCAGCGGGAUGUACUUGUAGCAAGGAUCAGCUGCCAAGGGUGGAUGGUCAUGUGUUAGCACGUGUCACGCAAUGUUCGAUGACCCCCGACUUUCUGCACAACGGGAAGAAUGUCUUGCAAAGCGGUGCUGGUACACGACCCACGGAAGUGCAGCAAGCUGUCAAUAGGUCCCUGGGGGUAGUCAUGAGGAGGGAUCUGUUCCAAGUAGCGGACCCAAGUAUGUUUCAGGAGAUAGCAUCGGACCGGGCAGAAACUAGACCGGCGGGAUCUGAGGGGCAGGCGAGAGAGAUAGCAGCAAGGUUGAGCCACUUGGUUGUGGUCCCGGUAGACAGGAACCCGGGAGAUCUUGUGGUUAUGUGCCCGUGGACGUACCACCAUAGCCUCAUGAUGAUGUUCAAUCUCAAUGUCGCCUACCAGCAAGUAUCGGAGAAGUCUGAGAAAGAGGUAAUGACUCAAGUGAGGACGGAGUUCAAGAAGCAAGCCCUUGACAAGAUCGGAGCCUGGAACCCAACAGCUAGACUGGGACAGGCGUACGUCCUACCGAAACAUAAGGACUUGACGAGGUGGAGGCCUAUAGCACCGGCGACAACCGAGGGGUCAAAGACAGCGGGGAGGAGACUGGCAAGGGCAUUGAACUUCCUUCUUGAGAGGGUCCCAAAAGCCAAGCACUUCAAUUUGAAAGCCACGGCGAUGCUAAAACAGAACUUGGAAAUGGCGGGGAAGAGGCUUAAUAUUUUUGGAGAUGACACGAUGGCCCUGAUGGCGAGCUACGACAUCAAGGAGAUGUUCACAUCGCUGCCACAUGAGGCAAUUCAGCGAGCCGUCGAUUGGCUUCUACAGCGGUGGGAGCUGAGAGGGGUGUUCAAACUGAGUCUGAGUAGACGUGGACGCGUGAUGACCCUGAGCCAGAAGAGCCCGGGCCCAGGCUAUGUGAAGGUCAAGUUCUCUCAGAUUCGGCAAAUGGUCGGCUAUGAAUUAGAGAACACGUACAUUAUGUGUAGAAAGGUGAUACUCAAACAAGUGGUGGGUAUCCCCAUGGGAAAGAACUCUAGCCCUUCGUUGGCCUGUGUGCUGUGUGCAAAGCAUGAGGUAGACUUCAUAAACUCCCUGGGAGCUGACCAGAGACUGGUACAUGGGGUCAGACUGGUUGAUGAUGUCACGUUGAGAUUGCCUGUGACAUGAGUGACCAUCGAAGUGUAUCAACAGCGAGAUACAUUUGUCAAAAAUUUGUGAAGGCGUAUGGGGAGCAGCUAGUGCUGGUGAGAACGGACGAUGGUACCAACUCC